AUGCUCCAAUGUUACCUCCACCUAAAAGCAAGGAGGAUUUUGAGAAGACUCUAAAGGAAUUUGCUCGCACUGAUACAUCGAAUGAUAGAGUUUGUUGUACGUGAAGGACCAAUGUUUGAAGCUAUGAUCAUGAAUCGAGAAAUCAACAAUCCUAUGUUCAGGUUUUUAUUUGAAAACCAGACUCCAGCCCAUGUUUACUAUAGAUGGAAGCUUUAUUCAAUUCUACAGGGAGAUGCUCCAACUAAGUGGAGAACAGAGGAUUUUCGUAUGUUCAAAAAUGGAUCUUUUUGGAGACCACCACCAUUAAAUCCAUACUUGCAUGGGAUGUCAGAAGAGCAAGAAACUGAAGCAUUUGUUGAGGAACCUAGCAAGAAAGGAGCACUUAAAGAAGAGCAGAGAGACAAAUUAGAAGAAAUCUUACGUGGACUAACUCCUCGAAAAAAUGAUAUUGGUGAUGCAAUGGUUUUCUGUCUUAAUAAUGCUGAAGCUGCUGAAGAAAUUGUGGAUUGUAUUACUGAGUCACUGUCCAUCUUGAAAACACCACUACCUAAGAAGAUUGCCAGAUUAUAUUUGGUUUCUGAUGUGUUGUAUAAUUCUUCAGCAAAAGUUGCCAAUGCUUCAUAUUAUAGAAAAUUUUUUGAAACAAAGUUAUGUCAGAUAUUUUCAGACCUCAAUGCCACCUACCGUACAAUUCAAGGCCAUUUACAAUCUGAAAACUUCAAGCAAAGAGUAAUGACCUGCUUCAGAGCAUGGGAGGACUGGGCAAUUUAUCCAGAAACAUUUUUGAUCAGAUUACAAAAUAUAUUUUUGGGACUUGUAAAUAUUAUUGAAGAAAAAGAAACAGAGGAAGUACCAGAUGAUCUUGAUGGUGCCCCCAUUGAGGAAGAGCUGGAUGGUGCACCUUUGGAAGAUGUUGAUGGAAUUCCUAUUGAUGCCACUCCCAUUGAUGAUCUUGAUGGAGUCCCCAUAAAGUCACUUGAUGAUGAUCUCGAUGGUGUGCCUUUGGAUACCUCUGAAGAUUCAAAAAAGAAUGAGCCCAUUUUUAAAGUGGCCCCAUCCAAAUGGGAAGCAGUAGAUGAAUCGGAAUUGGAAGCGCAGGCGGUAACAACAUCUAAAUGGGAGUUAUUUGACCAGCAUGAAGAAUCAGAAGAAGAAGAAAAUCAAAAUCAAGAAGAAGAGAGUGAAGAUGAGGAAGAUACUCAGAGCUCCAAAUCUGAAGAGCAUCAUUUGUAUUCCAAUCCAAUCAAAGAAGAAAUGACGGAGUCCAAGUCUUCUAUUAAAUAUUCUGAAAUGAGUGAAGAAAAACGAGCUAAGCUUCGAGAAAUAGAGCUCAAAGUGAUGAAGUUUCAGGAUGAAUUGGAAUCUGGGAAAAGACCGAAAAAACCAGGGCAGAGUUUUCAAGAACAAGUGGAACACUACAGAGACAAACUUCUUCAAAGAGAAAAGGAGAAGGAAUUGGAAAGAGAACGUGAGAGAGACAAGAAGGAUAAAGAGAAACUGGAAUCCCGAUCCAAAGACAAGAAGGAAAAAGAUGAAUGCACACCUACGAGAAAAGAAAGGAAAAGGCGACAUAGUACAUCACCCAGUCCAUCUCGGAGCAGUAGUGGUAGCCGAGCAAAAUCCCCGUCUCCAAAAUCAGAGCGAUCAGAGCGAUCAGAGAGGUCUCACAAAGAGAGUUCACGUUCCAGGUCAUCUCACAAAGAUUCUCCUAGAGAUGUUAGUAAAAAGGCCAAAAGAUCACCAUCUGGUUCAAGGACACCUAAAAGGUCUAGGCGAUCACGAUCUAGGUCCCCUAAAAAAUCAGGGAAGAAAUCCAGGUCUCAGUCUCGAUCUCCGCACAGAUCUCACAAGAAGUCAAAGAAAAGCAAACACUGACAAAAAAUCACAUUUUUUACAAUGCUGUCGCUUACUGGAAAUGCGGUUUUGUUUUUGUGCCUGAACAGUCUGUUUAAAAAA